UCGGAGCAUUGAUCGCCCGUGUCGCCAGAAUUGACCAUGUGCCUACUUAGCUCUUCAGCGUAUGACCCGCAUCGGAGGUGUUGGUGAAGCGUACCUCUAGACUUGCACAUCAGCCGUGAGCAGCGCACCCUACAGGUAGUCAUAUAUAGUUAGUUCCCUGUCGUCUGCUCGCAACAAGUGAUAACGCUGAGACUGUCUUACUUAACUUCAACCCCAGUCGGCAGUGAUUUAUCUUUUCCUCCUUACCUCGUUGGCUCACCGCGAUGCCAGUGUGGUUGCGUGUUAAGAUACGACAGACUCCAAAGGCAAUUUCCUAGAGCAGGUGGCUUUGUGACGGAUUAACAGUCUAUAGAGUCAGCGAGACCCGAAAGCUUGUGUAAUCGCUGGUAAUGAUUUGUACAUGCAAAAAUCUGGCCCAGGCAGGCUUAGGUUGUCUCCAAACAGCGGUAAUUUAUUAAUGGAAAACAUCGUAACGUUAUACUCGCGAUUAAUUGCAUUCGUUGUGUGGAUUCUCGAAGGAAAAGUCGGAAACUGUUGAAUCUCUCGUGAGGCCGAGAGUGUUGGUGUAACCACAAAUGGAUUUUAAAUGUGUUUACCACGAAGUAAAGACAUUUCAGUUAUAAUGGCCAUGAUGAUGACCGUAUAUGUAAGGAAUAUGUAUUUUUACAAUAUCGUGGAAUAACUGGAUUUCAUUUUUGUUUUCGGAAUACGUCUGGCAGUCGCAUUUGUAUUGCAGUUGAGUCGCAUUCAUCUUGGUGAUCGCAAUAAUCAGUUCCCUUGAAUUGUUGCUUUAAAUACCCCCUCCUAUUACUUCAAUUGUUAAUCAUAUACUUUACAUAUGACAGUCUAACAACAUGGCUGGACGUACCGGACAAGUCAUACCCAAUGGAUCCGUGUUGUUUCACUCGGUGAAAAGCCCGUCACUGUUCAUGAACGGAACCCUCAUCCAGCUCCAGUUAAAGGAGCCAUAUCGGGACAGCGAGCUGAACGAGCUACUCUACGUCAUCGUCGUCAUCGUCUUCUACGCCACGGGUCUGAUGACGCUGAUCAUCACGCAGAUCAGGAAGCAGCGCCGCGAGGGCAGCGACAUCGACUACUACGACGAAUACCUGCAGCGGAACCAGGAGGUGAAGAGGACGUGCCGGAACGCCAUGACAGUCGUCGCCAAGCCCCCGGGGCCCCGGGCCGCAGAAGAGGGGAAUGGAGGAGACAGAGGAGUCGCUGCGCCUCCUGGACUUGGUCCUCCUGGAUCAGGAUCCAUUGCAGAGGAAGGCCGAAUCAAAUCACAGAAGAAACUCCAGACGGAGUUGUCUCCCAUGUUGGAACCCAUAGCUGAUGAAGAUAUUCUAGGAAGCAUAAAAGAAUUUCAGGUGUGAGUGAUUCGCCUUGUGUGGGAAUUGUGAUUUGCGUUAAGUAAAAUUGGAAACAGUGGGUACUGGUUACUAAAUAUAUUUGUUAUAUGUCGAUGCGUGUGUUGCUUAAAAGAAAAAGAAAAGAAAAAAGCCACAAAACAUACAUGUACUAAUACCAACUUAAUUGAAAUAUAUAUUUAUUUUGUAAGUUACACAAUGUGAUUGGUAUACAAGAUUAUAUACUUGUGUGUUUAGCUGUAAUUCUUUGUUUUUGACCAAAUCAAACCAAUCUUGAACACAAUUACGUUGCUCAGUAUUCUUCUCCAAAGGGUAUUAUUUUUAAUAGAAUAGAGUGUCAGUAGGAAACAAUUAUAGAUUAAUUACAGAUGUACAAAGUUACUAUUGAAGUACAUUACAAAAACUAAAUCGUGAUUUAUAUUAUUUAACAUCUCAAGACAUAUAUUAAAUUCUAAGUUUUUUAACAGUUAUUCGAUCAUUUUACUUUAAGUGACUGGACAACUUUCCGAGGAACAAUUACGGUUGCGAAAAGAACUCUUCCCGUUGGCGCGUUUUCCUAAAUGAUUGCUUUGGAGUGAGUGGAUGGUAUACAUAUUAUUUCUGUAUGCCUUCUGGGUAUGUUUGAAUCCUUGUUUGUAUGGCAUUAUUUUUCAAAUAAAUUGCUUGGAAAUUCCUGGAUUCAGCAACUAGAUGCUUGAUUUAAAAAAAAAUCACUAAAAUUA